AUGCCCUGGUUUCCACUGAACGUCAAUGAUGGCUCGGUGUCAUGGAGCUUCGACAUCGUCGGUUUGCUGGCCGUCGUCGGAGGAUCCGCCAUUGGAAAGUAUGCGCAGGCUAUCACCGCAUCGCCCUUUGGCAGCAUCCCUCGUCUCCUACCGGCCCCCGAGACGAUGCUGGACACCGACCGGCCAGCGCGAUUGCCCGCCAUCAAGGAUGUGACCGUCGUUGGCGUUUACUCCGGCAAUCAAUUCAGCGAACUCAACUUCUUCGCUGAUGUGAUUCAUAAAAUCAACGAACUAAAGCCAUAUCAGUUUAGAUCCUUCAAAAUCACCCACAAGAAGGACGACCCCGAGCACGCCAAGAAGAACCAGGUCUUCGAUGAAGAGGGCCAUGAAAAAGCCAUUAUCCCACUGCAUCGGUUCUGCCCGUUGAACCUGGUGACCUUGGUCUCAAUUCUGAUGACAAUUGCGCUAUUCAUCUGGGCCGGUGUCCAGCAUGAGGCGGUCGCUUUUCUUGGCCUAGGGACCAUGUCACUAUCUACCAGCAUGGCUUGUAUGUCCGCGCAGUGGCGACCGAGACUCUCGGUCCGCACUGUCAAGGGUGAUGUGCCCCCCGGAGAUGUUGUGAUCCGCACGCGAGCUGGAGCAUUUGUCUCUGUCAAAUGCUCCGAGGAGGUCGCACGCGAGCUUUACGCGGGUACCGAAGUCUGCGACUAUGUCUUCAAGGGACGGGUGCACCAGUGUCUUCUCGGUUCCAGCACGGUUCUUCUCAUGGCUGCCAUCAUAUUCUUCAGUAACUGCAGCUGGAAACUUCAGAUCGCCGUCGGACUGGCCUAUAUCAUCCUCAACCUCGCCUACUGGGCCAUGGCGCUACUGACGGACCCGGCGGAUAUGUGGAACAUGGAGUCUCGGUAUCAUGUGGAGGAGCUUCCUGGGGCCGAUAGGAAGAACUACACCCUGGUUCUCUGGGAUGCUAUUCGAACAACCGGGAAGAUUGGCUGGGUCAAAAAGACGGGGAUGGCACCGUCGACGAAGAACUGGGAUGGAUGGCUGCAGGAGGCGAAGGAUAACAGCAACAAUCCGGGCUGGGAUUCUGAGGCAGCACGAAACAAAUGGAUGAGCAUGAAGUUCGGAUCUACGGAGCAAAAGACUGAGGUCGAGUGA